UAGAAAUAAAACGUAAACUCGUAAAGUAGCAACCUCGUGAUAUAAAAUGAGAAAGAAGAGGAACGUGAAAUCAAACGAUUAAAUUACAGCCCCAUACUGUGGUACAGUACCAAAUCUCGAAAUGGAGCAACCUCUUAUAAUUUCAUUAAUUGCAGGUGGCUUGGCUGGAUUAACUGUAGAUAUAACAUUAUUUCCCCUCGAUACUCUGAAGACAAGACUUCAGAGUGCUAAUGGAUUUUGGAGAAGUGGUGGGUUUCGUCAUGUGUAUAAAGGUUUGGGACCAACAAUGAUUGGUUCCGCACCAACAGCUUCAUUGUUUUUUGGUACCUACAAUACAGUCAAAUCAAUUUGUAGGCCGUAUGCCAGUGAAGCUUAUUAUCCAUUGGUACAUAUGGGUGCUGCAUCAGUUGCAGAAGUGGUCUCUUGCCUUGUUAAAGUGCCAACUGAAAUUUUCAAGCAACGACAACAAGCUUCUACGCAAAAUUCAUCCUUGUUGUCCAUGUGGCGCCACAUCUAUGCCAAGGAAGGCUUUAUGGGAUUCUACAGAGGCUUUGCUAGUACAGUUGUCCGGGAGAUUCCAUUCUCCGUUGUGCAGUUCCCUAUCUGGGAAUUUUUUAAGCUGAGCCUCAGAGAAAUAAAGGGUGAUGAACUUAACCCUGCAGAAAAGGCACUCUGUGGAGCGUUUGCAGGUUGCAUUGCUGCUGCAGUAACUACUCCACUUGAUGUAGCGAAAACCAGAAUUAUGCUGGCAGACAAAGAACUCCAAGUUCCAGAGGACUACAAGAAACUGAAAAUAUCAAGAGUAUUAAGAAAUGUGUAUUCUGAAAGAGGAUUUAAAGGGUUAUUUGCUGGAUUUCUGCCCAGAAUCACAUGGAUAACACUUGGUGGUGCUGUAUUCUUUGGCAGUUAUGAAGUUGCAGUUGAUAUUUCCUCUUAUAUGUUGAAACAGAUUGAGGUUAUAGAUUGAGUAGUGUGUGUGUGUUAAUAGUUUGUAUAACAUGCAGAAGUGAUGUGCUCUGAGGAGCUUUAAAGUGCCAAAGAAGCCUAGCCGAAGCUAGCAUUGGAACUUGUGGGGAGCUGCAGGCCCAUUUUCGUUAAUUGCUGAGACAGUGCAACUGCCUUGACAAGAUCGCUUGAAUAUGUAUUAAAGAAUGGGCCAUUGCACAUGCACUCAUCAGAGAGAAUUUCCACACUGUGCACUUCUUUAUUAUCGGGUCAUACUUCAGUUGUGAGCAGUAUUGCUGAAGUGAUUAUGGAUAUAUGAAAAAUAUACACUACAUUCACUGCACAGAAGGAGUUUGGAUUGCAGCAAUAUGCAGAUAACAAAGAAUUCUGAACAUCUGGAACCAGGGACUUUUUCUUUAGGAGCUACAUGGAAAAAAGAAAUGGCAACGCAUGCUGCUGAAGAAAGUUUUUCACAUACAACACCAUAAAAUGUUCAGCUCCAAAAGCUUGAUGUUUGCUAAUUCUGCAUCGCAAUAAAAAUAAAUAAAAUUAGAUGGCAAAGUUGUAUCAGAGAAGUGUAUGAAAUAUAUUCAGCAUCCACUGGCACAA